UCUUUGACUCCAUUUCUGCUCGGCUGCUUUUUUAUUAAUUCUUUCUCUCUAUCUGUUCUUUGGUUCCAUUUUGGAGAAAGAAAGUGAGGAUAGUUUAGGGAGAGAAAGAGAGGGGGCUCUCUGCUACUGUGUAAUGGCAAUGGCGGUUUCUAAGAAGUGGAUUUCUCUGUGUUCGUUGCUGCUUCUGUUGCUGUUCGUUGGUGUCAUGGCGAGAGUGAACAAGGACGAGAUCUCUGAGACGAGAAAUGGCGAAACAGAGGAGUUGCAGAGCUCGAACAACUCAACAAUGGCGGCGAGGUCAGUAACUACUCAGUUGGAAGAGGUUGAGCCUUUGAAUGAACAUGCAGUGGCUGACCCAGAGGAGGUUGCUUCCAUGGUUGAAAUGAGCAUCAGAAACAGCACUGAGAGGAGGAAAUUGGGCUUUUUCUCGUGUGGAACCGGUAAUCCCAUUGAUGACUGCUGGCGUUGUGACCCCAACUGGCACAAGAACCGCAAGCGCCUUGCUGACUGCGGCAUUGGUUUUGGCCGCAAUGCAAUUGGGGGCCGUGAUGGUCGCUUCUAUGUUGUUACCGAUCCCGGUGAUGAUGACCCCGUCAACCCCCGGCCAGGCACUCUUCGACAUGCUGUCAUCCAGGACAAGCCUCUCUGGAUUGUGUUCAAGCGCGACAUGGUGAUACGUUUGAAGCAGGAGCUCAUCAUGAACAGCUUCAAGACGAUUGAUGGACGUGGUGUCAAUGUCCAUAUUGCUAAUGGAGCGUGCCUCACAAUUCAGUUUGUCACCAAUGUCAUAGUUCAUGGCCUUAACAUCCAUGACUGCAAACCCACUGGGAAUGCCCUGGUCAGGAGCUCACCAUCCCAUUUUGGCUGGAGGACAAUGGCUGAUGGUGAUGCCGUUUCCAUUUUCGGGUCAAGUCAUGUCUGGAUUGAUCACAAUUCUCUAUCCAACUGUGCUGAUGGCCUUGUUGAUGCUGUCAUGGGCUCAACUGCCAUUACCAUUUCCAACAACUACUUCACCCACCACAAUGAGGUGAUGUUGUUGGGGCACAGUGAUUCUUAUACAAGAGACAAGCAAAUGCAAGUUACUAUUGCCUACAACCAUUUUGGAGAGGGCCUUAUUCAGAGAAUGCCAAGGUGCAGGCAUGGUUAUUUCCAUGUGGUGAACAAUGACUACACACACUGGGAGAUGUAUGCCAUUGGUGGAAGUGCAAGCCCCACCAUCAACAGCCAGGGCAACAGAUACCUUGCCCCAACCAACCCCUUUGCAAAGGAGGUGACAAAGAGAGUGGACACAGAUACAAGCCGGUGGAGGGGUUGGAACUGGAGGUCAGAAGGCGACAUGAUGCUUAACGGAGCCUAUUUCACUCCAUCAGGAGCCGGAGCUGCAGCCAGCUAUGCCAGAGCUUCAAGCCUGGGAGCCAAGUCUUCUUCCAUGGUUGGCUCUAUUACUUCUGGUGCCGGUGUUCUUGGCUGCCGCAGAGGUCGCCAGUGCUAGCAACCCCCCUCAAUUACCAUUUAAGAAAAAAAAAAAAAAAGUGUCCCUUUUUACUUUUCCUCUGUUAGCUUUCCAAUUUCACUAUUAUAUAGCACUAUCCUAUAUCCAUAUUCCACCAUUGUUUGUGAUUUCUUCAUUUCGGCAAGUGUACAUUUUUACACAUGUCGUCAUUCAUAGCACCAAUUGUCUGCCUGUCUCUCCAUUGUUGCGCAACCUCCGCCUGCUUCUUCAACUGAAAAAACAACUUCCAUUUCUAGGAGCUGGUGCGGAAGCGUUGUCCAUCUCUCUGUUUUUUUUUUUUUUUUUUUUUUUUUUAAUCCUUAUUUUGUCAUCUCACUCGUACCUUUCAUCUUCUAACCAUCAUCUGGUUGUCUUCUCAGUUGUGGUCUCAGUAUCUGGUGCUACUACAUAUUGUGUUGGCUUUGAGCUCCAUAGGAACUGAAUGAUUUCUUUUUGUUUUUUUGUUUUUUACUUUUUAGCUCCAUUGAGUUAAAUACAAAAGUUAUAGUGUGAAUUUCAAACUCAAAGUUUGAGUUAAGAAAAAACUUGUGUUAUAGAUGAUGAUGCAUAGCAAGCAAAGUUCUUCUUUGCCUUUUUUUUUUUUCCUCUUAUUUUGUCUGUCCUUUAUCAAUGGAAGCAAUUUAGUCCUUUUGGUUGUGAAA